AUGUCCUUUUUUGAUGCUGAUAACGAUCUUGAUAGUCUUAUAAAUAUUUAUAUAAAUGACGAUAAGACUUCUUCAAACAUUUUUAACGAUUUUAACAUGCAAAACAAUAAUGAUAAGAGAGUGAUUAAAGCAUAUGAGUCUGAUUUGAAAAGCGAAUAUAACAAAAGUACAGGAUCUAAGUACAUAUUAGCAAAAAAUCAAACCUUCGAAUCUUGGAAAUCUGUUGAUA